UUAAAUGCACACACACAGAGGCACACAGGGACGGGCGAUUUGAAAAUAUUCCUGAGAAUGCAAUUUGCGCUCAUGCGGCACAGCGUCCCAUGAAAGAGGCCGCCUGAAGAGCUGGCUGGCACAGGUUUAUUUUGUUGUAAUAUUUUCUUCCACCCCCCAGCUCUUUACCCAGUGGAAUGAUAUCCAGAGCAAGUUUUUUGAGACAGGAAGUGAGGAAUGUUUUCACUAUGAGUGAUCUGAGAAGAAGGUGGGUUAGCCGAGAUAGCAGCUGUUUCGGACAAGAGGAACACAGUAAGUCAGCUCCCGAGGAAUACAGAUGAGAUGGCUCCGGGAGAAAAAGUCUUGGAGCACUGAGGGCUUUUUUCAGCUACACGUAUGUGAAAGGAGACUCGGUGUCUUUGGAUCGCUGUGCAAGAAUUCCAGUGGAUGUCUCUUCUGCUUGUUUCUUGGUGGAAAACUUACUUGUCUUUAAUGGAUACUGCUGCUGCGGGUUGAUCUCUGGAGACUUUACAGCUUCUUACCUGUUGAGAGCAGACGACUUCCCGUCCCCUCUCAAGGUCCUGGUGGUAGUACCUCUUUAAUAGUAACCAUCUGUGGGGGAGAAAGAAGAUGCCUCUACCUUUUGGGUUAAAAUUGAAACGAACUCGACGUUACACAGUAUCUAGCAAGAGCUGCUUGGUGGCUCGUAUCCAGCUGCUCAACAAUGAAUUCGUGGAGUUCACGCUGUCAGUGGAAAGCACGGGCCAGGAAAGUCUGGAAGCAGUGGCUCAGAGGCUUGAAUUGCGGGAGAUUACGUAUUUUAGUCUGUGGUAUUAUAAUAAGCAGAAUCAGCGCAGAUGGGUAGAUUUGGACAAGCCUCUGAAAAAGCAGCUGGACAAAUAUGCCUUGGAGCCAACUGUGUAUUUUGGAGUAGUGUUCUAUGUGCCUACUGUUUCUCAGCUUCAGCAGGAGAUUACCAGGUAUCAGUAUUAUCUGCAAUUAAAGAAAGAUAUCUUGGAGGGCAACAUUCCUUGCACACUGGAACAAGCAAUACAUUUGGCUGGUUUGGCUGUUCAGGCUGAUUUUGGAGACUAUGAUCAGUAUGAAUCUCAGGAGUUUUUACAAAGAUUUGCUUUGUUUCCAGUGGGUUGGCUACAAGAAGAGAAAAUAUUGGAAGAAGCAACACAGAAAGUUGCCUUGCUGCAUCAGAAGUACAGAGGCCUUACUCCUCCUGAUGCGGAAAUGUUAUAUAUGCAAGAAGUAGAACGAAUGGAGGGCUAUGGUGAAGAGACCUACCCUGCAAAGGACAGCCAAGGAAGUGACAUAUUCAUUGGAGCAUGUCUUGAUGGUAUCUUUGUGAAACACAAAAAUGGUCGUCCUCCUGUUGUAUUUAGGUGGCAUGAUAUUGCCAACAUGUCCCACAAUAAAUCCUUUUUCGCAUUAGAGCUGACCAACAAAGAAGAGACAAUUCAAUUCCAAACUGAAGAUAUGGAAACAGCAAAAUAUGUGUGGAGGAUGUGUGUGGCUAGACAUAAAUUUUAUAGACUAAAUAAAUGCAGCCUAGACUCCCUGGACUCUCCACCUGAGGAGGGCUCUCAGAAAUCUUCCCUCAUUCUUUCCCUUCCACGCUUUCCAAUCCUUUCUCGUCCUUCACUUCCUAAAGGACAAACUCAGCCCGUUACAGUGAAUCCUGUUAGGAGACGGUCUUCGUCCAGAAUGUCUAUGCCUAAGCCUCAGCCUUAUAUGAUGCCUCCACCACCUCAGCUGCAUUACAAUGGUCAUUAUACUGAACCAUAUGCAUCUUCCCAAGAUAACCUCUUUGUGAGCAAUCAGAAUGGAUACUACUAUCACUCUCAGACUAGCUUGGAUAGAGCCCCUCAUGACUACAGUGGUCGGAUCCGCAAUGGUAGUGUCUAUAGUGCACACAGCACAAACUCCUUGAACAACCCACAGCAUUACUUGCAGCCAUCCCCCAUGUCCUCUAACCCAAGCAUUACUGGAAGUGAUGUCCUCAGAACUGAUUAUGUCCCCUCACACAGACACAGUGCACUAAUACCACCUUCUUAUCGUCCCACACCGGACUAUGAGACUGUGAUGAGACAGCUCAACAGGGGAAUGGUGCACACAGAUAGGCAGAGUCAUUCAAUGAGAAAUCUUAACAUCAGCAAUUCCUAUGCUUACAGCAGACCUGAUGCCUUAGUUUACAGUCAGCCUGAAAUACGAGAACAUGCUCACUUUGCUGCCCCACAGUCUAACCAUUAUCCAUUUAACCUGAACUACAGCUUUCAUAGCCAAUCCCCCUACCCCUAUCCUGCUGAAAAGCGCCCAGUUGUUGGGGCAGUCAGUGUGCCUGAGUUGACAAAUGUGCAGCUCCAGGCUCAGGAUUAUCCAGCACCAAAUAUAAUGAAGACCCAAGUCUAUCGACCACCUCCCCCGUACCCGUACCCAAGGCCUGCAAACAGUACUCCAGACCUUUCCCGGCAUAUCUACAUCAGCAGCAGCAAUCCAGAUCUUAUCACAAGGCGAGUGCACCAUUCUGUCCAGACAUUUCAGGAAGACAGCCUGCCUGUGGCACAUUCUCUUCAGGAAGUCAGUGAGCCUCUAACAUCGGCACGCCAUGCGCAGCUGCAGAAAAGGAACAGUAUUGAAAUAGCAGGCUUGGCUCCCAGCUUUGAAGGAAUAAGGAUUAAAGAGAGGACCAUGUCAGCUUCUGCAGCAGAUGUGGCUCUUCCAAGAGUUAUCUCAGAAGGGUCACAGCCUAACAUUCUGAUGGAGAGAGCGAAGCAAAAAGAAGGUGAGCAGGAAGAAUGUGUGAACUGUGAUCAUAAGAAAACCCUUUCAGAUGCCACUAUGCUGAUUCACAGUAGUGAGGAAGAAGAAGAAUUUGAAGAAGAAAACAAGGCUAAUACAAGUCUUUCUCCUCUUCCCGAAGAUCAAACCCAACUUUCAUCUGUUAUGGGAGGUUAUUCUCAUGAUUCAGUACUGAACUACCCUUAUAGCUCUGUUGCUUCAUCUGCUGGCCCUUUGCAUAUUCUUGAGCCUAAAUUGCAUAUUACAGAGGCAGAGAAGAGAAUGAAAGAUAUGAGCCCCGUUCAUUUACUAGUAGAAAGCCAGGUCCAGAGAAGAGGGGAAGGACUGCUUACUCCAUCCAUGUCAGAAUCUGAUCUUACAACAUCAGGGAGAUACAGAGUAAGGAAAGAUUCAGUAAAGAAGAGACCUGUAUCCGAUCUUUUGUCUGGGAAGAAGAAUAUUGUGGAAGGCCUUCCCCCCCUAGGUGGUAUGAAAAAGAAUAAAAAUGAUGCAAAAAAAAUGGGGCCUUUAAAGCUAGCUGCCCUGAAUGGACUGGCAUUGACUAGAAUGCCUCUGCCAGAUGAGGGGAAGGAAGAACCAACAAGAGCAACAAAUGAUGAAAGGUGUAAAAUUCUGGAACAGCGGUUAGAGCAGGGCAUGGUGUUCACUGAAUACGAGCGCAUCCAGAAAAAAAGGCUUAUCGAUGGUGAGUGCUCAAUAGCUCGGCUUCCUGAAAAUGCUGAAAGAAACCGGUUCCAGGACGUCCUGCCUUAUGAUGAUACCAGAGUAGAGCUAGUCCCAACCAAAGAGAAUAACACGGGUUACAUCAAUGCAUCUCAUAUCAAGAUCUCUGUUGGGGGCAUAGAGUGGGAUUACAUUGCUACACAGGGCCCUUUGCAGAAUACAUGUCAGGAUUUCUGGCAGAUGAUCUGGGAACAAGGAAUUGCCAUCAUAGCUAUGGUGACGGCAGAGGAAGAAAGUGGGCGAGAAAAAAGCUUCAGAUACUGGCCACGUCUUGGUUCACGACACAACACCGUAACCUAUGGAAGAUUUAAGAUUACCACGCGAUUCCGUACAGACUCAGGCUGCUAUGCAACUACAGGUUUGAAGAUUAAACAUCUUCUCACAGGACAGGAGAGGACGGUUUGGCAUUUGCAGUACACUGACUGGCCAGAGCAUGGCUGUCCAGAAGAUUUAAAGGGAUUUUUAUCAUACUUGGAAGAGAUACAGUCCGUGCGGCGCCAUACGAACAGCACUGCGGAUCCUAAAAGCUCCAAUCCCCCUGUCCUGGUGCACUGCAGUGCAGGUGUGGGGCGAACAGGAGUGGUCAUACUAUCAGAGAUCAUGAUUGCUUGCUUGGAACACAAUGAGAUGCUGGACAUCCCACGAGUGCUGGACAUGUUGAGGCAGCAGAGAAUGAUGAUGGUGCAGACUCUUUCGCAGUACACUUUUGUCUAUGGAGUUCUCAUUCAGUUUCUCAAAAGUUCUAGACUUAUCUAAUCCUUGCCACUUCCUAAGGGACACUGCAAGAGUUUACAGAAAGGAAAUCACAGUUGUCCAGAUAGACCUGGUGUUUUCUUUGUAUGAUGAAUCACACAGUUACCUUUUAGGGCUGCUGUGUGCCUGUUAAAAGUGUAACAGUCCCUACAAAGUAGGAUCUUCGCUGGACUAAAUUCUUCGUAUGUUCAGCUGCAAUCAUAUUAAGGAAGAAUUUCACUUGUACUGGUCUGUAGUACUUAUACAUGUUCUUUGGAAUGGUGUUACUCUGGGCAAAAUAUCACGGAAUGGAAGUACACAGCACAAUUUUACUAACAUUAUGUUUUGAAACAUAAUUUUUGACUGUGUGAAAGCUAAAAUCUGUAGGAGCACAUGGGGUGAGAAACCUGCUCCUUGGGAAUGUCAAGGUCUUAUGCAGUUUCAUUCUGCUUUCAAUUUUAUAUUUAGAACAAUACAUCUAUAUUUUUAAAAAUGAACUUUUGGUUUCCUCUGGUUUAUUUAGAAAAAU